ACGAGUACGACAUCUAACAACUCUCUACGACGGCUCAAGUGACGUUUUAUUGGCGCAAGGUGAACACAAAUAAUAGCUCAAAAAAAUACACACACACACACACACAAAAUACAGAGCAAAUAACAAAAUAAAUAGCAACAAAAAGUACACAAAAAAAAAAACAAGUAAUAAAAGCUGAAAACGUAGGGGAGAGUUUAAAAUGAUUUUCUAAAUAGUUUUCUUACUGGAAAUAAAAGCGAAGAAAAAAGGUAUUUUGUGAUAAGAAAAGUUUCACUUCAAAUUUGGAUUAACAUCUCUGAGAAAAAACAGUCCAACAACAGUCGCUCAAGAAGCCUUCAAACGCAGAGAACCCCAAGAUUACCAUAAUGAUGAAUCAGGAUAAUCCAUAUGCGAUGAAUCAGACGUGCAAGGUGUGCGGAGAGCCGGCAGCUGGAUUCCAUUUUGGUGCAUUCACCUGCGAGGGCUGCAAGUCCUUCUUUGGCCGCUCGUACAACAACCUGUCAUCGAUUUCGGACUGCAAGAACAAUGGGGAGUGCAUCAUCAACAAGAAGAACCGCACCGCCUGCAAGGCGUGCCGCCUGAAGAAGUGCCUCAUGGUGGGUAUGUCCAAGAGCGGCUCCCGCUACGGCCGUCGCUCCAACUGGUUCAAGAUCCACUGCCUGCUGCAGGAGCAGCAGCAGCAGGCGGUGGCCGCCAUGGCAGCGCAUCACAACAGCCAGCAGGCGGGCGGCGGUGGACCGAGCGGCGGCCCUGGUGGCAUGGGCGGCAUGCCAAACGGCGUGAAGGGCAUGUCCGGCCAGGGUUCAGCGGCUGCGGCUGCCGCUCUGGGGAUGCUCGGACAUCCCGGCGGAUAUCCGGGACUCUAUGCAGCCGCCGCAGCUGGCGGUGGGGGUCCCCGCACGAAGGAGGAGCUCAUGAUGCUGGGCCUGGAGGCCAGCGGCGACUACGGCAUGCUGAAGCAUCCCUCGGUGGUGGCCUCGCCGUCCGUCAGCUCUCCCGACUCCCACAACUCCGACAGCUCCGUGGAAGUGAGUGUAAGGGGCAAUCCCCUGCUCCAUUUGGGAUCCAAGUCGAAUGCCAGCAGCCUCAGCGGUGGCGGUGGCGGUGGAGGCUCCUCCUCCACGCCCGGGGGGGAUGUCAGCCAAUCUUCGAGCACGGCGCCGGGCAGGCCGCCACAGUUGCAGCGCAAGGAUCUGCCACCGUUCCACCUGCCCCUGUCGUUUCCCGGCCUUGGGUCGAUGUCUGUGAUGCCGCCGCCCGCCUUCCUGCCGCCCUCGCAUCUCCUCUUCCCCGGCUACCAUCCCGCCCUCUAUCAGCAUCAUCAGGGCCUGCUGAAGCCCACGCCCGAGCAGCAGCAGCAGCACGCCGCCGUGGCAGCGGCAGCCGUCCAGCAUCUCUUCAAUUCGAGCAGCGCCGCGGGUCAGCGCGGCUUUGCGCCGACAGCCUCGUCCUCGCCGUUUGUGAAUCAUCAUGCGCUGCAUCACAAGGGGGAGGAGGAGGCGCCACCUGGACACCUGCACAACCACAGCAACAGCCAGAACCAGCACCAGAACCAGCACCAGAACCAGCACCAGCACCACAUCUUGGCCAAUGGCGGCAAGGAAGUGUCGGCAGCGGCAGCGGCGGAUGAGCUGACCAAACGCUUCUAUCUGGAUGCCGUGCUCAAGUCGCAGCAGCAUGGAAGUCCCCCGCCAAUGGCCACGAAACUGGCGCCGCUGCAGCACAGCAAACAGGAUUAUUCCAUCUCCGCCUUGGUCACCCCCAACUCAGAGAGCGGCGGCAGCCACUCGCGGGUCAAGAGCAGGCAAAGCAAUGGUGGUCGGGAGGGGGAGGGGGAGGAGGCGGAGGAUAUUGCGAGAGAGGAUACAAGUGAUAAAGAGGAGUUGGUCGAUGAAACAGAGGGGGAGGAGGAUGAAGAGGAGGAGGAAGAUCUAGUGGUGUCCAUGACGCCGCCGCAUUCGCCAGCACAGCAGCAGCAGGAACAACAGGAAGCAGAACAGGAACUGCCACCAUCUGUGGCUCAGGAUAAUCCCAUUGAUCUGAGUAUGAAGACCACGGGCAGUUCUUUGAGCAGCAAAAGCAGUUGCCAGGACAUCGAUGUGGAGCCACAGGAGAUGUCGGCCAACGAAGUGGAGGACCCGCCAGAGAUACCCAGCGAUCGAUCGGAAAGGAUAGAAGAGGAGGAGGAGGACGAGGAGGUUGCCGAAAAGGAUGUGAAAGUAACGCCAGAAGAAGAGAAGGAGGAUGCAGAUGCAGUUGCAGUUGCAAAAGAGGAGCAGAAAAAGCAGACCCACAACAACAAUAACAACAACAACAACAACAGUAUCAGCAGUAACAACAACAACAACAAUAAAAACAAAAACAAUAAUACAAAUAAUAAUAGUAUAAAUAGUUUAAGUGAUAAUGAGGCCAGUGAUACGAUCAAACGGAAACUGGACGAACUCAUCGAAGAGGCAUCCAGCGGCAAGCGCUUGCGUCUGUCGGAGGCGUCAGCCGUCAAGGCAUUGGCUUUGGAUCUAACCACAAAGGUGUAGUAGGGGGGCAUCGAUCGAUCAACGCAUAAAGAACUCCGAUCUAGAUGGAAUAAUCUCUUCUGUGUCGCGAGCAGGGAGGGUCUUGGAGAGGGUCUUCGCUUCUGAUUAACACUCGCGCCUAAAAAUACAAGUUCGUGCCGUUUGAGAGAUCGUUUUCUUUGAGAUGUUAUCACAUCGUUUAAAACAACUAACCAAAUUGCCAAAAUAUGCAAACGGCAGACGGCAGACGGGAGACCCCGCAACGCCACAGACAAUCCGCAGAUGUAUGUAUAUAUAUUUGCAUAGAAACAAACAACAACAAAAUGUAUAACACACGUUUCAUAAUUUUAUUCAGAGUUUGGAAUUAUAAACAAAUUUUUCGGUUUCGAAUAAAUUAAAGGCACAACAAAAAAAAAAGAAAAAAAAAAAAAUCGAAAAAUUGUAACUGUAGCAAAAUAUAUGCCGCCUAAAUGUAUCUGUAUCUGUAUCUGAAUCUGUUUCUGUAUAUCUUUGUGUAUGCAUAAUAUCUUAGUGGAAUUUGUAGAUAUCAUAAGUUUUUGCUAUAAACCAUAUAUAAAGUUAUAAUAUUUUAGACAUUUAGAUCUAGUGUCCCCCAUAGAUGCAUAGAUACAUAG